GCUUCGCCCUCCUUAGGCUGAGGCAGUGGGCGUCCCGGAGGAGGUGUAAUUUGAGCAAAGCUUCCAAGGUCACGCGGAGACACCCAAAGGCCUUUGACGAAAGAACUACUUCGGGGUUUGAAGGGCAGGUGUCCUUCUCGAGCACCGCUGCCCAACAAAGAAGGCGGGGAGGGGCGGGACCUGCGGCCGCGGUCGGGAGUCCACUCGGAAAUCUUCGGCCGAGGCUCGGCCACCCCUCCCCAACUCCGGCCUCAGCCUCGAGCCCAGGGCCGAUCCGGAAACAGCCGAGCGGAUCCGGAAACAGCCGAGAGGACCCGGAAGCGGUGAGCGCCGUCACCAGGGAGUGCGGGAACCCGCCGUUUGAGCGGAGGCGAUGGCGGCACCUGCGCGCCCGGCCGCGGGCGAGGAUGGCCGGCGGCGGCAGCCGGAGGCCGCGCUGGACCCCCAGCCCCCGGAGGGGGCAAAAGUUGAGGCCGAGUCAGCGGAGCUCGACCGGCUUCGGGCUGAGCUGGCAGGCGCCCUGGCAGAAAUGGAAACCAUGAAGGCUGUGGCCGAGGUGAGCGAGAGCACGAAGGCCGAGGCUGUGGCUGCAGUGCAGCGGCAAUGCCAAGAGGAGGUGGCCUCGCUGCAGGCCAUCCUGAAAGACUCCAUCAGCAGCUAUGAAGCCCAGAUUGCGUCUCUGAAGCAGGAGCGGCAGCAGCAGCAGCAGGACCGUGAGGAGAAGGAGCGGGAGCUGGGGCGCCUGAAGCAGCUGCUGUCCAGGGCUCACCCCCUGGAUUCCUUGGAGAAGCAGAUGGAAAAGGCCCACGAGGACUCGGAGAAGCUGCGGGAGAUCGUGUUGCCCAUGGAGCAGGAGAUUGAGGAGCUGAAGGCGAAAUUGCUGAGGGCAGAGGAGCUGAUCCAAGAGAUCCAGAGACGUCCCCGGCAUCCCCCUUCCCUGCACGGCUCCACGGAGUUGCUCCUGUCCCGGGACCCAUCUCCCCCACUGGAGCCUCUCGAGGAGCUGAGUGGAGACGGGGGCGCGGCGGCCGAGGCCUUCGCCCACAACUGUGAUGACAGCGCCUCCAUCUCCUCCUUCUCCCUCGGCGGUGGGGCCAGCGGCAGCGCCUCCCUGCCCCGCAGCCGCCAUGGCCUGAGCCCCGAGCAGGAGGAGACAGCCUCUCUGGUGUCCACGGGCACCCUGGUCCCUGAGGGCAUCUACCUGCCCCCUCCCGGUUACCAGCUUGUCCCAGACAACCAGUGGGAGCAGCUGCAGGUGGAGGGGCGGCAGCUGCAGAAGGACCUGGAGAGCAUCAGCCGGGAGCGGGACGAGCUGCAAGAGGGCCUGAGACGGAGCAACGAGGACUGCGCCAAGCAGAUGCAGGUGCUCCUGGCCCAGGUCCAGAACUCAGAGCAGCUGCUGCGGACCCUGCAGGGGACCGUGAGCCAGGCCCAGGAGCGGGUUCAGCUGCAGAUGCCUAGAAGGAGGGCGUGGGCUUCCUGGCUCUCCUUCCUGAACACUGGGAGGAGUGUUCAGGCUUUGGCCUCACGGGAGACUGGAGACCCCCUGUCCCCUCAUCGCCUCGUCCUAACUGUCCAUCCCCAGGCAGAGCUGGCCACCUCGCACAAGUGCCUGAGCCACGAGGUAAAGCGACUGACUGAGGAAAACCAAGGGCUCCGGGCUGAGCAGCCGCCGUCUUCAGCCCCCCGGGGCCUGGAGCAGGAUGAGGGCCAGGAGGAGUCGCUGCCCAGCUCGCUGCUGGAGCUGCGGCAGCUCGUGCGCCACACGCAGCAGGAGGCGCGGGCCCACCAGCAGGCCCAGGAGCACGAGGCCGAGCGGCUGCGGAUUGAGAUUGUGACCCUGCGGGAGGCACUGGAGGAAGAGACGGCGGCGAGGGCCAGCCUGGAGGGGCAGCUGAGGGUGCAGCGGGAGGAGACAGAGGUGUUAGAGGGUGAGUAUGGGCUGGAGCCUGUGCCGGACCGGGCGGGGCGGGGGAAGGAGAGAGGGCGUGGGCCUGACGUCUUGGCCCUGCCUGACUUCCCAGCCUCCCUGUGCAGCCUGAGGAUGGAGAUGGAGCGGGUCCAGCAGGAGCAGAGCAAGGCCAGGCAGCAGGAAGUCCUGAGGCAGCCACCGGGCUCGGGCCGCACAGAAGAGCUCUAUGUCCUGUGCCCCCAGGCCCAGCUCACAGACCUCCUCUCGGAACAGAGGGCAAAGAUGCUGCGGCUGCAGGCUGAGCUGGAGACCAGUGAGCAAGUGCAGAGGGAUUUCGUACGACUGUCCCAGGCCUUGCAGGUGCGCCUGGAACGGAUCCGCCAGGCAGAGAGUCUGGAGCAAGUGCGCAGCAUCAUGGACGAGGCGCCCCUCAGGGACGUCAGGGACAUCAAGGACACCUGAGGGGCCAGCACCGCCCACCCUGGGGGGAGACCGUCUUUCUCCACUCCUGAACCGUGAGGCCGAGGCUUUGGGGGUCUCAGGAUGGAGUCUUCACCCUCUCCAAGCCUGGGGUUGAGGUGACGGGGCCACCGCUGCCCUGUCCCUCCAGCACCUCCUCCCAGGGGUGGCGGGGCCUUCUGCUUCCAAAGAUGACCCCUGGGUGAGGGUCCCAACCCCCUCUGGAAACCAGAGGGGCAGGCUCAGCCCUGUGGCUUUCUGGCUGCUAUGCUGCCUCCUGGGCUCCAAGCCUCCCGCCCCCGGCCCCCACCCAGCCUAACAGCCAUGCCUGUUACCUCCGUCCCCUUCCCCAGGCACAGCCGAGGUGUGAGUGGUGGCUGGGAGCCCUGGGUCGUGUCCCCGGGUCCCUCCACACACGCGCCCUGGGACAGGUGGCUGCUUCCUGGACUGCAUGACACUAAGAUGCUUGUCCCCAGGGGCCCGAACCAGGCCCCAAGGUGUGCACGGAGACAAGGCCAGAUUUUUCUGUCAUUUAUUUUCAAUAAAUAAGCAGCUCAGCUCAA